AUUAUGUCCAAGCGCCGCAAUAUAGUAGGUAGCCGAUCCAACAAAAAGUCAGUUCUCCUCUGACAGAUCUUCACGGUCGGCGAUGGUCAUCGGAGGAGCGCUCAAUCGGUCCUCAUUUCUACAACGCGUGAUAAUGGUCACAUCUCUUCACCGUGACUCACGACUGUCACUGCCGCUCAGUUUUGUGAAAUUUAGCCAGGCUAUAUUUCUUUUAAACAAUUUGACUUUAAAAAAAAUGACAACUUUUUCCUUCAAAAUGCACAGUCUCGGCGUCUCGCAGAUGUUGGCCUCACUUCUGUUCCGUUUAAAACCGGCCCAGGUAAAGUAUGACUGUUUUUAUAUAUGUCACUAUCAAGAGACAACAGGGAACAUGUGUUGUGUAAAUGGACAAGCAAUUUUGUCAUCUUGGGAUGAUGUCAUGGUUCUGCUUUACUACUUCAUAAAUCAUCGUUUAAUAGCCUACUCCUUGAAAACUGCUACUCAGAAAGAAUGAUAUGCUAUCAAUCAUUCCAUGACUUUUAAUACAGCAAAACUAGCACAUCACAUUAUUGUAAGGUUCUUUAUUGUAUGUAAUUUGUUCCAAAUACUGAGCUCUCUGUAAAGGGUGAAGUUCUGCAUAAACACGUCAUAUUUCUGUAUCUCCAAUUUAUUCUCUGGCUCCAAGAUAUGACUCCCAUUUACCACUGAGAGUCACAUUUAGAGCUAUUUUCUCUCAUACUGUAACUCACUUUUUGUCGUCACAGUAAGUUCACCAUUAGGGAGAUAGAGUUAAUCCUCUCCUAUAGCUCAUACUGAAGAGCUCCAAGAGAAAUCAGGGAUAAACCAACUAUUCAGGUUCAUCAUGCAAGCUAGCCUAGUGGUUAGAGCGUUGGACUAGUAACCAAAAGGUUGCAAGAUUGAAUCCCCGACUGACAAGGUAAAAAUCUGUCGUUCUGCCCCUGAACAAGGCAGUUAACCCACUGUCCUAGGCAGCCAUUGAAAAUAAGAAUUUGUUCUUAACUGACUUGCCUCGUUAAAUAAAUAAACGUUUUUAAAAAAGCACAUUCCAGUAUAACUACGCAUUGAACAGGAACUGAGGUGUCACCACCUGCAUGGAGUUCUUUAGGUUUUCUGGGAAAUGUAGUUUACAUUUACAGGUUUAAUAGUUUAUACAGGGAUGUUGAAGUUGCACCUGGUGUAUUCUACUAUUCUUACUCUGAAUAGUAAGUUGAGACCCUAAAUGACUUCAAAUCAAAAUCAAAGCAAAUGUUAUUGGUCACAUACACAUGGUUAACAGAUGUUAUUGCGAGUGUAGCGAAAUGCUUGUGCUUCUAGUUCCGACAGUGCAGCAAUAUCUAACAAGUAAUCGAACAAUUCCACAACAACUACCUAAUACACACAAAUCUAAGUAAAGGGAUGGAAUAAUAGGCUGACCACACCGCUCGCGGGCGUCAACGAGCAUCUGCGUUGCCAAGGGUAACAUGCUGACCAGACCGGACACGUCGCGUGCGCGAGCGUCACAAAAUAAAUGUAGAAAUCUAUGUUAUUCAAUUAUUGCACCCACACUGCUUGCGCGCGCUAACGAGCAUCUGCGUUGCCAAGGGCUAAAAUAGAAGUCAUUCCUAUUUCUGACGCAGAUCACGCUGAAAGUCCUGCCUCUUCCAUCUCCUCAUUGGUUUGUAGAAGCAGGUACCCACGUGCCAUCUCCUCAUUGGUUAUACCCACGUGGGUGAUUGAAAGACGAACUUUGUUGCCAGUCGUCGUGGUAAUACAAUGAAAGUUUAGAUGCGAUCCCCAUAUAAGUUCAAAGAUGAAAAAGCCUGGAAGGAGGAGAGAUGACUAGAAACGAUUCGGUUGGCCUUUUUAUGUGUGGAUUAAUUGUCGGAGUAGAGGUCAUUGUGCAUUUCAGGUAAAAUAACAACUCCAUGUUUAUAUCCCAGGACAAAUUAGCUAGCAACAGAAAGCUAGCUAAAUAGGACAAAUUAACGUUAGCUAGCAAGUGCAAGCUAACUAGCUAAAGUGCCAUACAUGUUUAAUGCUUUUCGACCUGUCCCCAAAUUAAUGUCAUUGGUUCAGAGUUUGUUUUGAUAUUUUAACCUGCGUGUCGUGAUCGCGUUUGGUGUGGGGAGGCAAAAUACAUUAAUGCACGAUAGCGCACGAUCGCGCACGCGCGCCGCCGGUUUGGGUUCCGUGGAAAAUAGAAGUCAUUCCUAUUUCUGACGCAGAUCGCGCUGCAAGUCCUGCCUCUCCCAUCUCCUCAUUGGGUUAUAGAAGCUGGUACCCUCGUGCCAUCUCCUCAUUGGUUAUACCCACGUGGGUGAUUGAAAGACGAACUGUUGCCGGUUGUCAUGGUAAUACAAUGAAAGUUUAGAUGCGAUCACCAUAUAAGUUAAACGAUGAAAAGGCCUGGUGUCACGAUCGUGUGGAGGAUUGACGGACCAAAACGCAGCAGUAGGAAAAUAAGCCAUAUUCCUUUUAAUGAAUACGAAGGCAAAACGAAACAAAAACACUUAUACACUAAACAAAACAAGAAAACGAUCGUGAAGCUACGAACGAAGUGCACACACAGGCUACAAACGUAUAACAUAGACAAUUACCCACAUCACAUGAAAGCCUAUGGCUACCCUAAAUAUGGCUCCCAAUCAGAGACAACAGAAAUCAGCUGUCUCUAAUUGGGAACUCAUUCAGGCAACCAUAGACUCUCCUAGACAACUAAACCAACAUAGACAACGCUAGACACAUGCACUCAACACAAACCCAUACACUACACCCAACACCCCCUUUACCGUAUAAUCACCCAAAACCAACAAAACACAAACAUUCCCCAUGUCACACCCUGACCUAACUAAAAUAAUAAAGAAAACAAAGAAUACUAAGGCCAGGGCGUGACACCUGGAAGGAGGAGAGAUGACUAGAAACGAUUCGGUUGACCGUUUUUAUGUGUGAAUUAAUUGUCGGAGUAGAGGACCUUGUGCAUUUCAGGUAAAAUAACAACCUAAUGUUUAUAUCCCAGGACAAAUUAGCUAGCAACAACAAGCUUGCUAAAUAGGACAAAUUAGCUAGCAAGUGCAAGCUAACUAGCUAAAUUGCCAUAAAUGUUUAAUGCUUUUUGACCUGUCCCCAAAUUAAUGUCAUUGGUUCAGAGUUUGUUUUGAUAUUUUAACCUGUGUGUCGUGAUCGCGUGUGGUGUAGGGGGACAAAAUACAUUUAUGCACAAUGGCGCAUGCGCGCAGCCAGUUUGGGUUCCGUGUAAGCCAUCUGGCACAAAAGACUUAUUGUGAGAGAUACCAGACCCAGAAGUUCUGACUGAGCGCACAUUUGAGCGACCCGUGACAGUACAUUUACUUUGUGCUGUUAAAAUGUAUGCUAUAAAAUCCAAUGAUUUCAUUGGGGGAGUUCCCCCCUCAUAGCAAAUACAGUUGAAGUCGGAAGUUUACAUACACUUAGGUUGGAGUCAUUCAAACUCGUUUUUCAACCACUCCACCAAUUUCUUUGUGGUAGGCCGACAAACCUGACUCAUUUACACCAGCUCUGUCAGGAGGAAUGGGCCAAAAUUCACCCAACUUAUUGUGGGAAGCUUGUGGAAGGCUACCUGAAACGUUUGACCCAAGUUAAACAAUUUAAAGGCAAUGCUACCAAAUACUAAUUGAGUGUAUGUAAACUUCUGACCCACUGGGAAUGUGAUGAAAGAAAUAAAAGCUGAAAUAUAUCACUCUACUAUUAUUCUGACAUUUCACAUUCUUAAAAUAAAGUGGUGAUCCUAACUGACCUAAGACAGAGAAUUUUUAGUGUGAUUAAAUGUCAGGAAUUGUCAAAAACGGAGUUUAAAUGUAUUUGGCUAAGGCGUAUGUAAACGUCCAACUUCAACUGUAGCUGGCAAAACAAUCCAAGCUAUUUUCACAUGGCCUAUGUGCCCAUGGAGCUGCUGGCAGUCUUUCAAUAUACUUUGUAUCCCUCAUUUACUCAAGUGUUUCCUUUAUUUUUGCAGUUGCCUGUAAGUUAUAUAAAGACUUAUGUCUGUGUUAACAACGGAACCUGAGAGUCCCUAUAAGAGGAUAUCAUCUGCUGUACACACACACACACAUGUACACUCUGCAAGUGUCUUCAUGUGUAGGAUUAUGCUCUUGACAGGGGUAGAAAUAUGAAAUAACUCCUUUGGGUUCUAAGUUGUAACUUUCAUCAGACAGUAAAGAAUAACAAAUCCAUAUGGAUUCCUCUGUAUGAAAUGUAUUAAAAUGUAAAUGAGUUUACAACAAUGGACUUGUGUAUCUCAUUAUUUAUAUGUAUCAGACAUGGCAUGUGUGAAUUACAUUUUGAGUUGUUAACACAAAAGUGUCCUUGUCUUGGGAAUGUGCUGUGUUCAUUGUACUGGGGUCAUGAUGUGUUGUCUGACUGACUCUUGGAGAGGAAAAAAUAUCUGAUUGUCCUCAUGUGGGUUGUUUUGAUUUUGUGUGUGUUUGUGUGUGUGUUUGUGUGUGUGUCCUGAGAACUUCCCCUCCAUUUCAUCAGUUUGUUUUAUAGUUAAAAUAAUGUAGGCCUACUAUACUGCCCUACCAAGCAAAAAGGCAGUAACUGCUCAUAGCGUGGAACUGAGAAAAAUGGCUUUUAUUUACCUUGGUUUUUUAUUUAUUUAUUUAACCUUUAUUUAACUAGGCAAGUCAGUUAAGAACAAAUUAUUAUUUACAAUGACAGCCUACCAAAAGGUCUCUUGCGGGGACGGGGGCUGGGAUUAAAAAUAAAUAAAAAAAAUAUAGGACAAAACACACAUCACUACAAGAGAGACAAAACAGCAAUACACAAAGAGAGACAAAAGACAACAAAAUAGCAAGGCAGCAACACAACAUGACAACAACAUGGUAGCAACACAACAUGGUAGCAGCAUAAAACAUGGUACAAACAUUAUUGUUUCAUGGUAACUUUAUGCAGUCACUGCUAAAAUGACACCCAUUUUCUCCAAAACACAAUACAAUAGAGGCAGGAUACUUGUCCACAUGAUUAAGCAUGUAUUUAAUGUAGCAAAAAUUACAUUAACUAAUUUAUUACCAAAUGAGCAGUUACUGCCUUUUUGCUUGGUAGGGCAGUAUAGGGAUUUAAUGGCGUUUGUAUUAUUUGUUAUGAUUAUGUUAUAAUUAUGUUAUGAUAAUAACAUAAUGGCAUGACCAGGGAAAACGUGUAGCCUAUAAAUAGUGUUCAUCGAGUAAAAUAACUGCAGGUGUGGCAAGUGAUUACAGAAUAAUUUGUACAGUUAUGUGUUUACUUUGCAAGAGGAGCCUUGACAGCCAAAGGUUAGGUUUGGGACACAGUGGCUGAGAACUAUUAUGUAAUGUAAUAUAAGACUAGGUCUCACGUCACGGAUUCCCCAUACAUUUGAAAUGCUUGUACUGUACAACUCACAUGGUUUACUGUUCGACACAAUGUGAUCAACGUGCCACACUCUUGGCAUACGGUCACGUUUCUUAGUUUAGUGCCAACUCAUCGACCAAUGAGAGGCCGCAAAAUCUAAGUAGUGGGCGGACUACAUAGUCAAAAGAAUGUGACGUAUCCACAACUCUCCACGCUUGGAACACGACGAGACGCCCACAGACUUCCAAAUAUGGAUAUGUGAGGUAUUAAACAUUGGUAUUAGAAGACUAUCUUGUGUCCACUCCUGCUUUUCACCGCGGGGAGAACAUUGUUGGUCAUUCUGAAAAUUGUACGGUCUCGAGCAAGACAUUGUAACAGCGGGUUCUUGUGGCAUUACUCCCUGCAUGUGCUCUAGCUGACGGGUGUACCAUUAAUCUAAUCUAGUCCCGUGUACAGCACCGUUUAUAUUUCUACUUGCGGACACUACACUGUCACACCAGACAGACAGACUGUGGCCGCGGAGACUGGGAACGUUCGAUCACAAGGUUUCUUAUCCAUCUACUAACUACAGUGACAAGACCAUUGAAAAGAAACAGAGACAAGAUGAGUAGUACCAAAAGGAAAGCAGAGGGGCACACUAGGAACAUGGGCAAACUACGAACCAUGAAGUCUGGAAGCUCCAGAACAGACUCAGAGAGAGACUCUGGCUUCUCAGAUGCCAGCACCAUAGACCCGACAGAUUCUGAGGGCUCAUCGCACUCGGUGUCCAAGAGAGAAGUUCAGCGCCCUGGAUCAGUGUUGGGGGCACAGUCCUCACAGCUAGCUGUGGUGGGGGGGUCCUACUCCAACAUGCCCCCCAUGAUCAUCCAGCAGCCUCAGGUGGUCUUCCUACAACCUGUGGUCUCCCACUGCACCACCUCCAACCCCAAGGAGGCCUCCUCUAAACACCGGCGCCCAAAAAAGUUUCUUCCCAUCCUCAGGUCCUACCCCAAGAUUGCCCCUCACCCUGGGGACAACUCGAGUUCCUCUGGGAGAGGAAGCUCUUGUUCUUCCUUCUCGGGGUCAGAGAGAGGUGGUUUGUCCUCCAGCCACCGGGAGCGCCAUCACAACCACAGAGACAAACAGCAGAAGCAGCAGUCUGGUAGUUCUAGCUCUGGUUCUUCUGGUUCCAGCACCCUCAGUUUCCCUCCUCCAACUAGCUCUCUGUCCCCCUCUCCCCAGCGCAGGCUCGCCCUCUCCUUCACAGACUCCAGUGCCUGUAGCAGCCCUGCUAGACCCUCCCCCACCGUCAGUAGAUCAGAGUACACCCCCGCCCCGUCCUUGACCGCAACCCCUUCUCACACCCUCAACUUUGAGCACCCUGAGAAACUCAAGUCCCAGCCUCUCUCCCUCCCAAAACACGCCACCACAACCGACAACGGCGAUGGAGAUGACCACGACAUCAAGCGUAAGCGCUUCUGCAACACGUACAACAUCCUGUCCAAGUCUGGCCUGCUGGACAUCACCCUAAGAACCAAGGACCUGCUCCGUCAGAACCGCAGGACCCAGGGAGACCUGGACCGGCUCAAGGAGCACACCAACCUCUUCCUGCAGGCCCUGCAGACUGGAGACACCAGCAUCUGGAGCAAGCUGCAAACCAGCCUACAGGAAGAAGAGAAAGAGGCCGAAGAGAAAGGGAAGGGCAGUGGGCAGCAGAGCAUCUUAAAGGCAGAUACAGAUUAGACCUGGACUAAGUAAAAGCAGGGUUUCAUCUGUUAGAUUGGGGAGAGACUGAGUUGAGGUGGGGGAGGCUGGGACUUGGGCUGACUGAGGAAGCUGGACCGGCAGUAAUGUGCCCACAAUGAUCAGACAGUUACUCUGACCUUGUCUCCCUGCACUGCUGCCUGGUUCAGCUACCCUAAACAAGGCCAGGAAAACUCCCUCUACACACUAGCCUGCCUGCUUUACCCUAAACCAGGCCAGGCAUACUCCUGGUAAACAAUGUAGCCUGCCUGCCUUACCCCCCAAAUCAGGCCAGGAUGGAUGGGAGGCUUCUGUAUGAUAUGAAAUCGCUCUAUUCCCUAUACAGUGCACUACCUUGACUCUAUAUAGUGCACUACUUUGAUCCUAUGUAUAGUGUAUGGGGAAUAGGGUGGUGGACGUUGCAUUCUCUCUUUUCUGUUGUACCCAGCCUGGCUCGCCUUCUUCCUGUCAAACCGCCUUCCUGCUUCUUAGAAGAAGUCUUGUUGUGCUCUGAGUAUCUCUGAGAUAAGCCCUAAGGGACUUUUUUUACUGGAAGCUGAAAGUGCCCAUCACUUGACACUUAUAGCCGUCAUCGUGAUGAGUAAAAUAGGCCUAUAUUGAAGAAGGCUUGCAUGGUAUAGUUAGUAAGAGUGCUGAGUGGAUACCUGAAUUAAACCCAACAAAACCACACGUUUUUUAAGAAAAUAUAUGGUGUUAAUUUAGGCUCAAACAAAUAUGUUUAUUGAUACGUUUUACAAUACCCACUGGGCACACACUGGUUGAAUCAACGUUGUUUAAAUUACGUGGAACCAAUGUGGAAUAGACGUUGAAUGACGUCUUUGCCCAGUGUGUAGCCACUUAUACAGUAGGUUUCCACUGGAGCACGUCUAAGGAGAAUGGAAAGCAAGCAGCACAGAAUAUUUUUUUCCCCUCGUGAAUUCAUGGACUGAAGAUAGGGAUUUACAUAAAGACUCCUUUAGGACUCUAGUGAGGAUACUGUUCAUCAAAGCAUUUUUUUUUAUACAACAAAGACUAAUGAAAGUCCCUCAAAUGGAAGAUGGGCUGAAAUCUUUUUGUCAUAACAUUUUUUGUAAGAGAAUUGUCAAGACUUUAUCCAAAAGCAGAAUUUUAUUUAAAACAUUUUAUUGUAUUUGCACUCAAAUAAUUAGAAGGUAGUUCCAAAGGAAUUUCUAUGGAGCGUUGCUUCUUUUCUUCAAGGCAGAAAUGAAGAUUCAUUUGAGAACAUCGAACCUGCAUAGCUUCUUUUUUUGCUAAAGGGAUGUUUUUUACUGAUAGUUUCAAUCGUUGUCCUUUUAGUCGAUGUUCAUUUAAAUAUAAAUAAAAGUGUGUUUACUGUGCUGAACCAAGCGCUUAUAACAUAUACUUCUCUUCAUAAAAUUAAUGCCUUGAAAUAAAAAAAAUGGUGUGGGAAGUUACUCCCAAGUAAGACUAGGUUGGCACUACUUAUCAUAAGGUUAAGUUAUUUUUUAUCUGUUAUUCUUUGUGUUUUGUAAUAGAUACACCAACAUACAGUAUCUCUCUCCAAUGUUUGGUCAUUCAUGGCCUUAUUUAGACAAUUGAUUAUGUGGUGUCAAGGACAAAAACAAAUUAGUUCUCUAUACGAAGACAGACUCUCAGACAUACCUUAGUGCCACAUCUUGACAUUUUGUCCUGCAAAGCAUCUUUAAUGGUUUGUGUGCCUCAGAGUUGUUAUAAAUACAACGAAUGUGAUAUCAUUUGCUCAUUUGCUAGAUGUCAUCUUGUGUAAAUACUAGUAAUAGGCCUCAGGUCAGCCAUUUUAAAAUGUGAGCUUCCUGAAUUUAUCAUCUUUAAGAACUGAAUAAGAUAUGUAUUUGCUUGUUACCACAGUUUGAAUAGGUGAAAAGUGUAAAUGUUUGCUAUUGUUGAUUGGAUACAUAUUUUGAAACUUGACUCAAGUUGGGAGUCUUGUAUUUAAAUGUUGGCAGCUUUUUUUGUAUCAUUUUACCCUGCCUCCUUAUCGCAAAGACAUCAAUUAAUUGUGAUUGUAUUUCUCAAUGUUUCAGUAGCACAUUGGUAAUAGCUCGUGAUUGAUGACAAAUGGUCCAUAGCCCUAACAGAUAAUUAUGUACCAAUGUUUUUCUAUUACUAUUCUUCUUUAAAUGAUACAGUACCAGUCAAAAGUUUGGACACACCUACUCAUUCAAGGUUUUUUCUUUAUUUUACUAUUUUCUACAUUGUAGAAUAAUAGUGAAGACAUCACAACUAUGAAAUAACAUAUUAAAUCAUGUAGUAACCAAAAAAGUGUUAAACAACAAAAAUAUGUUAUAUUUGAGAUUCGUUAAAGUAGCCACACUUUGCCUUGAUAACAGCUUUACACAGUCUUGGCAUUCUCUCAACCAGCUUCACGAGGUAGUCACCUGGAAUGAAUUUCAAUUAACCGGUGUGCCUUGUUAAAAGUUAAUUUGUGGAAUUUCUUUCCUUCUUAAUGUGUUUGAGCCAAUCAGUUCUUUUUGUGACAUGGUAUGUGUGGUAUACAGAAGAUAUUUGGUAAAAGACCAAGUACAUAUUAUGAUAAGCAAAGAGAGUUCAUUUGAGUUAGCAAUCUCAGAAAUUGCAGCCUAAAUAAAUGCUUCACAGAGUUCAAGUAACAGACACAUCUCAACAUCAACUGUUCAGAGGAGAGCGUGACUCAGGCCUUCAUGGUCGAAUUGCUGCAAAGAAACCACUACUAAAGGACACCAAUAAUAAUAAGAGACUUGCUUGGGUCAAGAAACACGAGCAAUGGACAUUAGACCGGUGGAAAUCUGUCCUUUGGUCGGGUUGAGUCCAAAUUUGAGAUUUUGUUUCCUACCGCCGUGCCUUUGUGAGACCCAGAGUAGGUGAACAGAUUAUUUCUGCAUGUGUGGUUUCCACCGUGAAGCAUGGAGGAGGAGGUGUGGGGGUGCUUUGCUGGUGACACUUGAUUUAUUUAGAAUUCAAGGCACACUCAACCAGCAUGGCUACCACAGAAUGUUGCAGCGAUAUGCCAUCCCAUCUGGUUUGAGCUUAGUGGGACUAUUAUUUGAUUUUCAACAGGAGAAUGACCCAACACACCUCCAGGCUGUGUAAUGGCUAUUUGACCAAGAAGGAGAGUUAUGGAGUGCUGCAUCAGAUGACCUGGGCUCCACAAUCACCCAACCUCAACCCAAUUGAGAUGUUUUGGGAUGAGUUGAACCGCAGUGAAGGAAAAGCAGUCAACAAGUGCUCAGCAUAUGUGGGAACUCCUUCAAGACUGUUGGAAAAGCAUUCCUCAUGAAGCUGGUUGAGAGAAUGCCAAGAGUGCAAAGCUGUCAUCAUGGCAAAGGGUGGCUACUUUAAAGAAUCUAAAAUAUAUUUUGAUUUGUUUAACACUUUUUUGGUUACUACAUGAUUCCAUAUGUGUUCUUUCAUAGUUUUAUGAAUGUAGAAAAUAGAAAGAAAAACCCUUGAAUGAGUAGGUGUGUCCAAACUUUUGACUGGCUCUGUACAUUUUCUAAAAGGAUGGACAUUGAAAACACUCUUUUUGCAGCUAAGCAAAUCAGAGCAUCCUUUAGUUUGAACGAUGAUCAGUGAAUGCAUUAUCUGUGUUUGUGUUGCUGAAGAUAACAUUUUUGUACUUUUUUAAAGAUGCAUUGCUUGCUUAAUAAACUUUAUUUCAAGGAA